CCUUUUUGUUUUCAAAACCACACGUUAAUUCCAUUGGCAUGACUCAAAAUGGCUUCCAAACAAGUCAUAUGCAAAAGGCUACCUUUGCUAAAUUCCACAUUCAACAACUCCGGUGCAGUUACAGGAAGUAAUCUACUUCCUAAAACAGCCGAUCACCCUUUCUUGCUGCUCAAGUCUACGGAGAUGACUCAGGCGACCACGAUCAGCCCCACUGGUGUUCAUCCUCGGGUUCCCACCAUGGGUCCGUGCCGUGCUCCCAACCCUGUCUGCCCGCCUCCACCCUGCGCCUGCCCACCUCCCAGCCCGACGGUCACCAUGGGCAAGAGGAUCAUCAAGGCACUGUGGUUCUUGUCUAAGCUAGGUCUCUUCGUCGGAGUUGUCAAGUUCACUGUUGACGAAGGGCUGUGGGGUGACAGCGAGGAAACGGAAGAGCUCGCCAAAAGGAUGGGCAUCAUCGGGGAAAAGGAAAAGGAGGACCAGAAAAAGGAGUCACAGCCAGCAUCCAGAGGCAUGUGGGACACUGCCGUGCUGAAAGCUGGAGAAGUUUUUGGACUGGAAGCUUAACUAAAUGAAACCAGCUGAGUUAUCUUCAAAUAAAUUUUCUCUAUUUUGGACUAUUCUAAAUCCUUGUACUUCUAAUAAAUUAAUGUGUGGUUCAUCAUUUGAA